AUGGAAACAUCCACAUCUUCGAAUGGCGGGAAGGCUCCAGCUUCCACGGGAGACGGCGGAGGGGCGCCUCCGCAGCCGGUGCCUUUACCGGCGGCGAACACGCCACCGCCUUUCCUGGUGAAGACUUACGACAUGGUGGAUGACCCGAGCACUGAUAAGAUCGUGUCGUGGAGCUCGACGAACAACAGUUUUGUGGUGUGGGACUCGGCUGAAUUCGCGAGAUAUUUGCUGCCCAAAUAUUUCAAACACAAUAAUUUUUCCAGCUUUGUCCGCCAGCUCAACACUUAUGGAUUUAGAAAGGUUGAUCCAGACCGCUGGGAGUUUGCAAAUGAGGGAUUCCUAAGAGGGAAAAAACAUCUGCUUAAAAGUAUUAGUCGUCGAAAACCUGCACAUGGACACCAUCAGCAGCAGCAGCAGCAGCAGCAAUCAAAUGGACAGAGUUCUUCGGUCGGGGCAUGUGUAGAGGUUGGGAAAUUUGGACUUGAAGAAGAAGUUGAGAGGCUUAAAAGGGACAAGAAUGUGUUGAUGCAGGAACUUGUCCGGUUAAGGCAGCAGCAGCAAACUACUGAUAGUCAGUUGCAAGCAAUGAUUCAGCGUCUUCAGGGCAUGGAACAGCGCCAGCAACAGAUGAUGUCAUUCCUGGCAAAGGCUAUGAAUAGCCCUGGAUUUCUGGCACAAUUUAUGCAGCAGCAAAAUGAGAGCAACCGACGCAUAUCAGAAGGCAACAAAAAACGAAGACUUAUGCAGGAUGGCAUUUCAAGUGACAGUUCUGUUGGUCCCUUGGAUGGUCAGAUUGUGAAGUAUCAACCUUUGAUGAAUGAAGCAGCAAAAGCAAUGCUAAGGCAGAUCUUAAAAUUGAAUUCUUCUCCUAGGCUUGAAAACUUCAACAAUAAUCCUGAUAGUUUCCUGAUCGGCGAUGCUUCAUCAACGUCUAAUGCAUUAGACUGUGACAGUUCUUUGAACCAUGUUUCCGGAGUGACUCUUCAAGAGGUACCUCCUACUUCUGGGCAAUCAUUCAUCUCAUCGGGUUCUGCAAAUACAGGUAUCAGUUCUCCAGGAGCAAUUUCUAAGAUUCCAUCAUCAUCUCCCCUUGGUGCAACUUCUGUACUUGCGGCUGAUCAAUUUUUGGACAUAAGUCAGCUGAUUGGAGCUCAAGAAGUGUCUCCACUGACACUUCCAACAACAGAUGCUAUAAUACACGAGUUCUCUCAAAUUGUGCCAGAAACCAACAUUGAUGUCGUGGGAUCUGCUACAGAGAGUGGUGCUUUACUGGAUCCAAGUCCAAGUUUGUUAGCAGGGCAUGACAAAAUUCCUCUUGAAUUGGGUGGAUUUUUUUCUGAUCCUGAGAUGGAAUGGGAUAACACCUUGACGGAUGAGAUACAAGAACUUCCUGGGGUGAGUGAUCCCUUUUGGGAAAAGUUUCUUCAGAGCCCACAUUUAGAGGAGACUGAGGGGAUGGACUCCACACUAACAGAUGGCAUUCCUAAGGAAAAUGAAAUUAAGCCUUUGGAAAACCUGUGGGGAAAAUCUCAACACAUGGAACAGCUAACGGAGCAGAUGGGCCUUCUAUCAUCGGAUGUGAAGAGAGUUUGA